AUGGAUUUGGAUAUGAACGGAGGAAACAAGGGGGUCUUCCAGAGACUAGGCGGAUCGAAUCGAUCGAUGACGGCGCCGGCGGACUCGAAUCAGAAGGUUUGUUUCCACUGGCGGGCCGGCCGAUGCAACCGCUUCCCUUGCCCUUACCUGCACAGCGAAUUGCCGGGUCCAGGUCCGAGUUCGAACAAAAGGGUCGCCGAUGAGUCUGGUUUUGCCGGUCCGAGUCACCGGAGAGGGCCAGGAUUCAGCGGGAGUGGUAAUAAUAGCUGGGGGAGAUUCGGUGGGAACAGAACGGUGACGAAGACGGAGAAACUUUGCAGGUUUUGGGUUGAUGGGAAUUGCCCUUACGGUGAUAAAUGCAGAUACUUGCAUUGCUGGAGCAAAGGAGAUAGCUUCUCAUUGUUGACUCAGCUUGACGGACAUCAUCAGGUUGUCACUGGGAUUGCUCUGCCAUCGGGUUCUGAUAAGCUUUAUACGGCGAGUAAAGAUGAGACUGUGCGGAUCUGGGAUUGUGCUUCUGGACAGUGUACUGGUGUACUCAAUCUUGGUGCGGAAGUUGGCUGCAUGAUUAGUGAAGGUCCCUGGCUAUUGGUUGGUAUGCCAAAUGUAGUUAAGGCAUGGAAUAUCCAAAACAACGCAGACCUGAGUCUCACUGGACCUGUUGGCCAAGUAUAUUCACUGGUUGUGGGCACUGAUCUGCUGUUCGCUGGUACACAAGAUGGCUCUAUUUUGGUUUGGAGAUACAAUACUGCCACUAGCUGUUUUGAUCCGGCUGCAUCACUAAAAGGCCACACCCUUGCAGUUGUUUCUUUAUAUGUUGGAGCGAACAGACUCUAUUCCGGUUCCAUGGACAAGUCUAUAAAAGUUUGGAGCCUGGAUAAUUUGCAGUGCAUACAAACGCUUACAGAGCAUACGUCAGUUGUCAUGUCUCUCAUUUGCUGGGAUCAAUUUCUUCUGUCAUGUUCAUUAGACAAUACCGUCAAGAUAUGGGCUGCUAGUGAAGGUAGAAACUUGGAAGUGACUUACACUCAUAAAGAAGAAUACGGCGUGCUAGCUCUCUGUGGCGUGCAUGAUGCAGAAGCCAAGCCAGUAUUGCUAUGCUCCUGCAAUGACAAUUCCUUGCACCUCUAUGACUUGCCAUCGUUUACGGGAAGGGGCAAAAUUUUAGCUAAGCAGGAGAUACGGUCGAUUCAGAUUGGCCCCGGAGGCAUAUUUUUCACUGGUGACGGAAGUGGUCAAGUUAAAGUAUGGAAGUGGUCUACGGAACCAACUGCCAUUCAGUCUUGA